GUACUUGUAAAAAGAAGGGCGGGGCCACCGCGCUCGACCAAUCCCAUUCCAGUAAACGAGCGAACGCGUCGAUAUGGAAAUACAAGUGUGUGUCUGUGAGGGGAACCGGUCACUGCGCAUGCGUGUUGUGGGCGGUGGCUGAAUUUUAGGGGCUCUGUACAGGGCGGCGUUUCUAUGGUGAGAAGAUCUUUGACGGGCCACAUGGACCGGGGUACAUCUCACCUUCCGCGUCCGCUUUUAGCGCAUUUUAUAACACGACACGUUGCGUCAGCGAGCUACACAGACCUGGAUGUGUCUCCUAUCGGUCUCGGCAGUGUUUUACAGUUUUGUUGAGGUAUUUAAGGGCCUCUCGCCGCCGAACAAGGGGCUCUUUGAUGCUUUUCUGUCGGUUCGCGGCCAUCACUUUCUCCUUGGAAACGUACUAACGCCCUAAUCGGCGAAUAAUAAAGCGCUUCGGAUAUAUAGUUGAGAUCUUGAUCUGAUCCAUCUUACAGGUGUUGAUGCUUUUGCCUUCUCACAACCAGUUUCACUGUAAUUAAAUGUGCAUGUGGAGCUGAUGAAACAUCCACCUCCUGGAUCAUUUCAUUAUUCUGGCUCUGAAGACAGAUUUGAAGUUAAUGUUUCGCCAAGAGGUCGGUGUCCUAUCCUUCAUUCCGUCUUGUUCGUACCUUUUCCAAUACGAGAAAAGGAACAUGUCUCGAUAUAACAUCUACAGUCUGCUGGACUGGAUAUAUGGAGGGGUGGACCCCAAGUUUGAAGGCAACGGAGGGCCCGAGUGUGCCGGCUUCAUCUCACCCCAGCAGAGAAUAGUCGAGACUGUGAUCAUCACAGCCAUCUCUGUGCUGGAGCUGGUGGUGGCUCUCAAGAAAGUCAAUGUCCCUAAAGAGGUCAGGGAUGUGGGCAAGGAUGGACGCAGGACUAAGGAGGACACCUGGGGCAAGAACUUGUUGCUUGUGCUGCUAUGCAUGACGUUUGGGGUGGAGGUCGGGUUCAAGUUUGCCACAAAGACUGUGAUCUACCUCCUCAACCCAUGCCAUGUGGUUACAAUGGUGCAAAUUUUCCUGCUUGCAUGCCCUCCCUGCAAAACCGCCAUGGUCAUCUUUAGGCUUCAGGUGCACAUGCUGAAUGGAGCCCUUCUAGCCCUUCUCUUCCCAGUGGUCAACACCAGACUGCUUCCAUUUGAGAGGGAGAUCUACUACAUUCAACACUCCAUGCUGUAUCUCGUGCCAAUCUACCUCUUCAGAAAAGGAGGUGUGUAUAAGCCGGAGCCUCUGAGUGACAUGUGGUGGGCUCUGCUAUCCACCGGCAUCCUCUUCAUCUAUCACUUCAUCUUCCUUCAGGGCCUUGGAAUGUUGACGGAAGUGAAUCUGAACAACAUGCUGUGUCCAGCUGUCUCAGACCCCUUCUAUGGUCCAUGGUACCGAGUGUGGGCGACGGGCCACCAGACCGCCCUGACAUUAGUGCACGGCAAGGCCUUGACCAUCCUCUCACAACACACUGCUCCAACGGGCCGGCAUCUACUGGACAUAGUGCGUCUACGUAACAAGAAGUUGGACUAAUAUCGUUUUAUCUCCAGUCUUACAUGGACAAAAUCAGACACUACUGUAACUGGAUUUGUACGGCAUCCUAUACAUGCCAAACGUUUUUAUUCUUUUGUUUUUUGCUGGUUUUAACAACUUUUAGUCCAAGCAAACAGUUGCACCUGCAUUUUCAAAGUUGGGUAACCAGAUUGGAAGACUGUUUUUGCACUGUAAGAGCAGGCAACAGUUGGACUCACGCAACACGAACCUUGGACUUGCCUUGUUCUUUUUAGUUCAGAGGUUUCGCAAAAUGAAGAUUCAGUGAAUUCAGAACAGACGUAAUCUUUCUUCUCAAGUUGCCUUUCUCCAAUUACUCUCAUCUAACAGGAAUGGGACCAACCUAGUUUCCAUUUACAUUGCUUUUCGCUCAAUAGCUGUUGUGUUGUCAUCGACACUAUUUCCUUUAGCUUUGCUUGCUGGCUCUCUGACGAAUUGAGUUCAUCUUAAAAGGACACCUUUUGUGUAUAGUGAUGCUGAAUGUUCGGGAGAUUUUGCGGUGAUGCCGGUGUGAAAAUAGUCUCAACUCUAAAUGACUAAGCUGAGGCCAUUAUCUUCGUUCACAUCCACAAUAUCAAACAUCAAUUUCUGUUGGCUGAAGUUGCAGGUGACUUUUAUUUGAUUCUUUAUUUAAGUGGUCAUGCACUUGAUGCUGAUGGCCAGUAGAUAGCCAGAAUGAUCAUUUAAAAAUGUUCUUAAGUCUUAAUUCUUCAAACUGAUUACUAUUCUUUAGAUUUUACUUAUCGGGAAAGUUGAAAAGAUUCAAGCUUAUGUCCCCCUCAGUAAAUACAUUUUUUUUUAGCUGCACACAAUGUUCAAUUCAAUGCACAUCCAAUGGUGCCAGUGAGACACUUCCAAUGGAAGUGAAUGGGGCCAAUCAGUAAACGUUAAAAUACAUACAAUGAAUUCUUCUGUUAAUCAUGUAUUAUUUAAGCUGUAAGUGCUUAAAGCUUCACAUUUCUGUCUUUAAACUUCCAAACAUUGGCCCCCUUUACUUCUAUUGGAAGUGCCUCACUGUAACUGAAUUGAUUGAGCUCAAAUUGAAAUGAACACUGAAUAUUCCUUUAUUUAUGACUUGAAGUGUUCAUUGUUUCAUUUGUACUUGUUGGCAUUAUUGCUUUCACGUUAUAUAAUCUAAGGAAAACAUCAAGGUAAAAAGAACAGCAGUUUUAAAUUGAAAGUUUAAUACUAUGUAAACAAAUCACAUAAUCCAUAAAAGGUUCCUUUCUGCAACUUUCCACCUAAAAUGCCCUGCCCUUAAAGGAAUGCCAUUUUGGGGUGAUUUUGAGCAGAAUGACAGGCUCCUAUAAUUUUAGUUGAACUUCCUGAAGUGUAUUAAACUGCUGUCAAGAACUCAAGCCCAGAAAUUCCAUGAAUUUCCAGAUUUGAUCGGUUUGUAGCUGGUACAUGUUGAAUGCAGUCUGUUAUAUGUGAGAUCACUAAUUUCAAUGUAUACAACUCGACUGAAAGGGAAUGCUAUGACGAUUAGUCUUUUUUGUACAUGGGUUUUUGUGAAAUAUGUUACAUAUUAAAAAUCUUCU